GUACCCGAACUCCUUCUGUAUCUAACACCCUUUCAACGUACUGUAAAAACUAACGUGGCAUGGACAAGAUUGAACCCAGUGGCAAUUUUUCUCUCUUGAAUUUGCCAGAACCCAUACUGGAUUGCAUUCUAAAGCUCCUUUCACCAGUGGAACUCGUUGUUAUGUCUGAGGUGUGUACAUGUUUAAGGGAUAGAUGUCGAAGUGAUUCUCUGUGGGAAGUCCACUUAAAGCAGAAAUGGGGUGGAGUGAUCGGUGAUGUUGCUUAUAAGGAGUGGCAAUGGCACAUCACUAUUGCUAUGGAGAAAAGAAACAACCAACCGAAUCAACAGAACAAUCAUAAUGGAUCAUUGGGAUCUUUCAGUGGUACUUGGCCUAUGUUACACCUCAGAUCAUAUCUAGAAGAUUGUAGCUCAUUCGGAAAUAGUUUUACCAUGGCCUUGUAUUUCUCUCUAGAGAAUGGCAAGUUCUGGUUUCCAGCUCAAAUCUACAGGGGAGUAUUGGUUCGUGAUGCCUUGGUUAGAUAUGAUUCCAAAACUGAUAGCUUUCAAGCAAGACAACAAAGUGGUGGUUGGAAUGCAAUGGGGAACAACAUCCAAUGGGAAAUCCUUAGGGCUCCUCCAACUGAUACCCCUCCAUGUGUUCGUUACGUCUCUGAUUGUUUGGACGACUUAAAACCAGGGGAUCAUAUUGAGAUCCAGAGGAAAUCAAGAACAGAAAUUCCUUAUGAUUGGUGGUACGCUGUUGUUGGUCACAUGGAAUCAUGUAAUGAAAACCACAACUUCUGCAGCUGUCGUUACUCAGAGACUUUAGUAUUGGAGUUCAAGCAAUACAGUGAGGGAUCAAGCAUGAGACGAGUAAAGGUUCUAAGAAAUGGGGAAGAACAUGAAGAAGCAAAAGGAUGGUAUGGAGGAAUUAGAAAGCUUCAGAGUGAGGAGGAGAUCCAAAGAUGGGAGAAACAUUUUCCACUCUAUCGUCAAACUCCUAGGCCUGCACGUUUUGUAUGUCGGAGAAGAAUACCACCAGGAGUUCUCCGAUUCCCGUAAUUAUUUUUCGAGUUCAUGUUCAGGUGUCUUUCAACUUUCUUGAUGUCUUCGUAGCUGGUUAAAUAAAAAAAUUACUGUAUUAAACUUUUCACAAGAAUACAUUUUCAAUUCUCUAUAAUUAGGAUUAGCUG